AUGCCUUACAUUUCAGGCAAUCUUUCUUUAAGUAUCCAGAUCUCAGGCUUGAUGAGCAGUUUGCAGAAGGAUUGGCCAUCACUGUCCUGCCCCAGCAGCGACGGCUUCAGGUUUUGGUCACAUGAAUGGAUAAAGCAUGGUACCUGUGCAGUGUCAGAAGAGAUUGGCCAGCACGUUUAUUUUGAAGCUGCUCUUAAGCUGAAAAAAAAGGCAAACCUUCUCCAAGCUCUUAUAAGUGCAGGAAUUAAACCAGACGGUGAAUCUUAUGACCUGGACAGCAUAAGAUUAGCUAUAAAAGAAGCUACAGGAUUUACUCCUGACAUAGAAUGCAACACCGAUGCAUCCAAGAAUAGGCAGGUGUAUCAGGUUUUCAUGUGCGCAGACAUUUCCGGGUCGGAAUUCAUAGAAUGUCCGGUGCCACUGAAGAAAAGAUGUAAAUCUAAUAAGGUCCAUUUCCCUGAGUUCUAG